CCACGUUCAAACACGCCCGCUACAUUGUGUCACCUAUAUAAAAUCAAAACUCAGGCCGUCUUCGAAAUCCAUCAAACAUAUCCAUAUACAAUCAACUGGUGUCUUCGUUUUUGCUCAUUACCUUGAAAAUGGCACAUUACCAAAACCAAUACGCUGCGUCCGGCCAAAUCGACGAAUACGGCAACCCAAUUCGCACAGAUCAAUACGGCAAUACAAUUAGCACAGACGAAUAUGGCAACCCGAUUCGCACAGACGAAUAUGGCAAACCGAUUCGAACGGACGAAUUUGGCAACCCGAUCCACCGCACAGCUGGCACCGCCGGCGGAUUCGGAGCGGGUGGAUUCGACACCACCACUCCCCAAGGUAUGCGUCAUGAUGUAACGGGGACCGGCCAUGGGCAGCAGCUCCAUGGCGUUUCUGGCAAGCUUCAUCGCUCAAGUUCUAAUAGCUCUUCCGAGGAUGAUGGGUAUGGCGGGAGAAGGACGAAGAAGGGGCUGACGGAGAAGAUAAAGGAGAAGAUACCUGGGCUUGGACACAAGGAUAACCGUUGUAAUACAAGUGCAACUACUACAUACGGUUACGACGAGGGGCGAGUACACGAUUGUGAGAAGAAGGGGGUGAUGGAAAAGAUCAAAGAGAGGCUUCCUGGACAUCACUAGAUGUCGCUUUUAUAUAUAUAUAUAUGCCUAUAUUUGGUUUUCUUUGCUAAAUUAAUGCUUGCUUGUAGCUCAAGCAGUAAGCGGUCUUAUAAUAUUUGGUGUCUUUUCUUUUUUUCCCUAAGAGCCAGUAUGCUGGUAUGGUACAUAUAUAUCGGCGUAUACGGUUCAGUCAUGUAUUGUAUUAUGAGUCUGUUGUCAUAGUUUGUAGUACUUAAUAUAUAUAUAUAAUUUUAAUAUCAUUUGUGUA